GGCACCGGUUGCGCAGAGCCGAUAUUUUUUUACCGACGGGAUCCCCAAGUUCUCUACAUCUCCAUUUCAACUUCUCUUCACUCCAUCGCCCUCUACCUCAAUUAAAUCGUAAGUAGUUUCCAUUCUCCCCCGUCUCUCCACCUUCACUUGCUUCACCUGCUUCACACGCAUUGGACGUUGCACCUUGUCAGCCGUUACGUUACAUUCUUGUCCGAAUCUCCUCUGACCAAAGUCCCACCACCUAGACAAACAUGCAGCGAGCACUCACCUCUGCUACCCGGGCCCGUGCCUCCGUCUCUUCUCUUCGACCUUUGACUGCUGUCCCCAGCUACACCCAGUCGCGAGGAUAUGCACACAAGGAAUUGAAAUUCGGUGUUGAGGGAAGACAAGCCCUGUUGAACGGUGUUGAUAUCUUGGCGAGAGCCGUUACUGUCACAUUGGGACCUAAGGGAAGAAAUGUGUUGAUUGAGUCGCCUUACGGCAGCCCCAAGAUCACCAAGGAUGGUGUCACUGUUGCGAAGGCCAUUGUACUGAAGGACAAGUUCGAGAACCUCGGUGCCCGGUUACUGCAAGAUGUUGCUUCCAAGACCAACGACGUCGCCGGUGACGGUACCACCACUGCCACUGUCCUUGCCCGUGCUAUCUUCACUGAGACCGUCAAGAACGUUGCCGCCGGAUGCAACCCCAUGGACCUCCGCCGUGGUACCCAGGCUGCCGUCAAGGCUGUUAUCGAGUACAUCCAGAGCAACAAGCGCGACAUCACCACCUCCGAGGAGAUCGCUCAGGUCGCUACCAUCUCUGCCAACGGUGACCACCACAUCGGACGGUUGAUCGCCAAUGCCAUGGAGAAGGUUGGAAAGGAGGGUGUCAUCACUGUCAAGGAGGGCAAGACCACCGAGGAUGAGCUCGAGAUCACCGAGGGUAUGAGGUUCGACCGCGGUUACGUUUCGCCUUACUUCAUCACCGACGCCAAGUCCCAGAAGGUCGAGUUUGAGAAGCCCCUCAUCCUUCUCAGCGAAAAGAAGAUCUCCGCCGUCCAGGACAUCAUCCCCGCCCUUGAGAUCUCCACCCAGCUGCGUCGUCCUUUGGUCAUCAUUGCCGAGGAUAUUGAGGGUGAGGCUCUCGCUGUUUGCAUUCUGAACAAGCUCCGCGGACAGCUCCAGGUGGCUGCCGUCAAGGCUCCCGGCUUCGGUGACAACCGCAAGAACAUCCUCGGCGAUCUUGCUGUCCUUACCAACGGACUUGUCUUCACCGACGAGAUCGAUGCCAAGCUCGACAAGCUCACCGCCGAGAUGCUCGGAUCCACUGGCUCUCUCACCAUUACCAAGGAGGACACCAUCAUCCUCAACGGUGACGGUUCCAAGGAUGCCAUUGCCCAGCGUUGCGAGCAGAUUCGCGGUGUCAUGAACGACCCCGCUACCUCUGAGUAUGAGAAGGAGAAGCUCGCUGAGCGCAAUGCCAAGCUGUCGGGUGGUGUUGCCGUCAUCCGUGUCGGUGGUAGCUCCGAGGUUGAGGUCGGCGAGAAGAAGGAUCGCUUCGUCGAUGCCCUGAACGCCACCCGUGCUGCCGUCGAGGAGGGUAUCCUCCCCGGAGGUGGUACCGCUCUCCUGAAGGCUUCUAAGAACGCCCUCAACAACGUCAAGGUGUCCAACUUUGACCAGCAGCUCGGUGUCAACAUUGUCAAGUCGGCCAUCACCAAGCCUGCCAGGACCAUCAUCGAGAACGCCGGUGGCGAGGGAAGCGUUGUCGUUGGUAAGCUCACCGACGAGUUCGCCGAUGACUUCAACAAGGGUUACGACUCGUCCAAGGGCGAGUACGUCGACAUGAUUGCUGCCGGUAUCGUCGACCCCCUGAAGGUCGUCCGCACUUCGCUUGCCGAUGCCUCCGGUGUUGCCUCCCUGCUUGGAACCACCGAGUGCACUAUCGUCGAGGCACCGGAGGAGAAGUCUGGUGGAGGUAUGCCCUCUGGAGGCAUGGGCGGCAUGGGUGGAAUGGGCGUGUACUUUUAG